AUGCAGUCCUGGCCCGGUUCGGGCCAGAACGGCACAGGAGGGCAAACUUCAUGGCAAGGAGGAUUCUCAUAUGGAGGCCAAGAUGGCCAGUUCGAUCCUAAUCAGGCUUGGCAACAGUCUGUGGCUGAUCACGCUGGCUCGUUUCCACACAUCAGCAGUCCCCAAGAUGCACAUGCACAAAACUUCUUCAAUCCCACGCCGCACCAGGGCGAUGCCUUCCUUGGUGGCAGCUUGCAUCACCCGCAAGGUGAAGCCGACUUCCACGGUACCCAUGGCGCUCUAGGUUUGAACCAGCAGUUCAGUCAAGCUGGACCAGACGUGAUUGAUCCAGCGUUCAAUAAUUUGCACACCGACAUCUAUGGGCAACAAGGCAAAGGCACCCUGAACUUGAAUCAGGUGCAGAACCAUCCCCAUGGACACGCACAAAACUUUCAACAACAUGAUUUUCAAUUCCCUGCUCAGCAUGAGUCGACUUUUAAUUCUACAGCGCCUCAAUAUAAUUCGAAUCAACUUCAUUCUCGUGCCACCAAUCAGCACAACCAUCCACAGGUCCAACAUUUCGAUGGUUUGCAAGCUGGUUUCCAGCAAGAUCAAGCCUUCUCGCGUCAAUCUCAGCAGUCCCCUCCUGUGCAUCAUCAGCAACCAUUCUCGCACGGGCAAAACUUUGUACAGAACAAUGUAAAUGGACAGCCCAGUCAUUUCAGCCAAGACCCCAACGCACAUAUCGCCUACCCACAGCAUCAGCAACAACCAAAUCGUCCUCAAAACCAUCAGCUCCCUCAGGUACAACAGCCCAUAGACCAGGCAAGCUUUACACCGCAGAAGCUGGCAAGUUAUUCUCAUCCAGGACAAAGCUCACCACCAGGACCUCCCGGCCACUUGGCUGUUAUUGAUAACUCCGGACAGCACAUGGAGUCAAGUAUUUCCGGGUCAUUGCCAGCGGGAGGUCAUGCUCCAUCUGAACUUGGUUCCGAACAGUUUCAGCCAUCGCCAAUGCCAACUGCAGAAUCUGUCCAACCCAAAAAGAGAAAAAGAGCAACUAAAGCGGCUGCCGAGAGCCCUGCGCCGACGGUGGAAGCUGUACCAUUAAUAGCAGAUUUCCCAGUGGAAUCUUCGGCUAAGCGGGCGGAAGACCUGGAUGCCCUACCCAUCCCCGUGCCCUCUGCUGAGGAAGUUAAAUUAAUUACCGAUUUUACGAAGCGAAAUAAGACGGCCCAAGCUAAAUACCCAUCAAUCAAAGGACUGCCACACAUGGUUUACGAAGGUACUGUCAGACUUCCCGCGCCUAAGAGUUAUGACAAACUGGCGCCUUUGGUAGCCUUGCCGCCGCGAAGUGGCAAGCCAAUGGUACCAGAGCUAGGCUACUCGCUGCCCUGUGAGGUCCAAGGCCGGUUUACAAGUAAAUAUCGACCGUCGCUCGACAAGGGCGGGCUUGAUGAGCGGCGCACGGAGGCAAAGACCCUGCUGGAUGAGUACGAUCAAUCAAUGAGGUCACUGGGCAAACGGCAACCAAAAUAUACCGAGUAUCCUCGUGAGUUUCCAACUAGUCUAGAGAGCAAAAAGAUGUACCCGUUAACUUCCGGUCCAGAUGCGUUUAAGGAGCAGCUCAAGUCAGAUGAAGCGUCGAAGAACAAGGCGGAGAAGAAGGCUAAGAAGGAGCUGGAGGACGAGCGAAAUAAGCCGAUUCGGCCGGUCUCCCGACCUUCCGACCCAGUGGAAGCAGUCGUUUGGGACACCAUUGGAAUCGUUAAUAUCGACCAAGCCACCUCACGGACUUCCGCCCUCAUCGCGGGACGUGUCCAGCAGGCUGGCGAGUUCUUCGUCAAGUUGCGGACUGAAAUGAACCGCAGCAAAGUCGAUUUGGAAGACUCCAUCAAAAACAAAGAAUCGGAAAGCGUUAUCGAGAAGAAGAAAGUAGAAGCCGAACAGAAAAAGGAGGCUUUGUACCGGGCAUUGGACGCCACCGUUGAACACGCAGACGACGCCGUACUAGACAACCUCGGCGGGCAUCAAAAAUUGGUUCUGAGUUUAGUCAACGCAUUGAUCUCGUCUAUUAAAGCCUCGGACUUCUCCGGAAAGCUCCCCAAGAUCGUCUUGGAGCUAUUCACCCAUUUCCGAAUAACAAAGAAGAUCGUCGAGACGACCAAUUUCGACUCCGUGCGGAAGCGACUCGAGGACAAAGGUGAUGAGGAAGUCAAGGGGCUUGUUCGGGAGAUUUCAGCCAAGAUUAGGAAAUUUCAGAAAGCAAGCGAACCGGCGACGGCGACGGGAUACACAGGAACCUCCGCUUCUAGCCGAGCAAAGGCCGGGUCUAAAUCGACAUCAGACGGGCCCCCAACCAAGCGGGCACGAGACGAUGAUGGUGAUACGCGGACAGUCAAGAAGAUUGCAGUUGAAGCAGGAGCUGGUUCCCUGAGCAAAAAGCUAGCUCAGCCAAAGCAACCUACUACCAAGGUGAUGGCACCAAAGCCGGUCACGUCUUCAGUACUCCCCGGAAAAUCGCGGCCCACUGCGAAGGCCCUGAGCAAACCCGAACCUGUAGGGGCUGAUAGCCCGAAUGCAUCCUCUGAUGAUAAGAGCAAACCUGAUGUGAGGAAGUCAGCUGUCAAGGUGGAAGCCAAGCCCAGUGCACCAAAACCUGAGACCAAAGUCCCUCCACCAAAGAUACCGUCGAGUUCUUCCAGCGCGUUGUCCGGAAUUGCAUCGCUGCUAGAUUCAAUCAACGCCAAAAAACCGGAGGCGGCACCUGCAACGUCCAAGGAUACAAAAAGUCCAGACAGUUCGGAGACCCCGGAACAAAGAGUCAAGAGACUCCGCAAAGAGGCUCGACGAAAGCUACGCGUCAGCUGGAAGCCCGAGGAAGAGCUUGUUCAAAUCAAGAUCUUUCAGAAAGAUGAUGAGGAAGAUGAAGGACGUGAUAUCAACAUGAUUCGGGAUGCUGCGGAUGACCGAUCCGAAGGCAUGGUGUUGAAACAACGUGCUGAUGUCGAUGAGGACGACGACGAUGAUGAUAUACCUUAUCAGCCAUGGGUUGGCCCUGUGGCUACGGAUUUCUCACAGCUGGCAUCCGAUAUCAGAAAUAAGAGCUAUGUCACUCGUGGAGGCAAUGUCACAUUCGAAACAGACGAACAGAAGGCGAUUGCUGCACGUGGACAGCGAGAGCUCAUGGCGAUUUACACUGAUGUGGACGACAUUCCCCCAAGUCCGAAAUCACCUCCGCCGGAGUCGUCUGGUUCGGCAGACUCGAAAGCUGGGUACCUUCCGACCGAAGGUGCCAAGUUUGAGGAACUGCAGCUUCGAUGGCGAGACGAGCAGAAUCUGGGAGUUGAGCAAGCGCUGGGCGCAGCACUCAAGAGAAUUGCGGCCAAGAACAACCCAUCGAAUAAACUGGACGAUAUUCUUGGUCGACUCAAAGGUGCGCCGAAUCAAUCAGGCUCUCACCAUUCGUCUUAUUCGUCCUCUUUGCACGGGUCAACACCACAUAACUUUCCAUUUGCCGCGGGCCCUAGCAUCGAAGAACAGGUGCUUGCCUGCCUUCAGCAAGACAAGGUCAAGACUUGGCGAGAUCCGAACCCCGUACAUGUCGAUCUCUCUCGCCCACACCAGUAUGCGGAUGCCAAUUUACAGAUGAUUGGCAACCACAUCGAAUCAGUAGCUCGAGCCUUGGCUGGGAAACCAUAUCCAGCCACCGCGCCACCGGAAUGGCUGGCCCAUGAUGAAGAGAAAGUCCGUGAAUGGUGGCUCGGGUAUAAUAAGGAAGCCGCCACCAGACAAAGAAAGCUGGACGAAGAGCGUGCCCGGGCUGAGGCCGAGGCAAAUGCUCUGAGACUUGUCGCUAGUGCCACGGCGCAACCUCCCAGCCAGGGUCAAGACUGGAAUGCCUAUUACCAGCAACAACAACAGCAGCAGCAACAGGACUCCUAUGCACCGUAUCUCGCCCUUCUGCAACAAAUGACUGGUGGCCAAGCCGCCGGUCAAGCACAAGCUGGCCCAUCUCACCCCCAACCAGGUUCCAUGCCUGACAGUCAGCUCCAGUCGAUUUUGGCGGCCAUCAACCAACCCCAAAACCAACAACAAGCCCAGUCAUCCAACACCAACCCUCUGGCCAACCUCAACCCUAAUGACACAUCCUAUCAACAGCUCAUGAUGCUGACACAGUUGGCACAAGGCCAACCGCAAACUCAACCGCCUCCACCUCCCCCACCACCACCGCCAUCGAAUGAAAGAGAUUGGGACCGGGGUGAACGAGAAUCGAAAGACAUCAGGAAGAAGAAGGCAACACUACCACCACAUAAGCCCGCCAAUAAGGCCCUCAUUGGCACUAAGGCGUGUACAUUCUGGCAGCAGGGUAAAUGUGCGCGCGGAGAUAAGUGUACGUUUAGACAUGAUUAA